AUAUGGAUCUCGUAUAGCUGUCAAAAUAGAUUAUAAAAUUUGGCAUUAUGUUACACUAAACGCCUGUUAACUCCAAUUAAACUUUAAUUAAUUGUAAUUAGCAUAAGGGUUAAAAGGCCCUCAAAUAAUUGUUAAGCAUGUGUUUUGUAUUAUGCUUUGUAUGUUACUAUCACUCCAUCACUAGCCUCAAGUAUUAUAUUGGCUUUGAUUACUUUUUCCCCUAAGUGUUUCUACACAAGUUGGCAUAUGUAGAUUAAUAUAGGUACAAGAAAGAUUAAUUAAUAAUUAAUGACUCAUUAAUCAUAGACAAACAAAAAUAUUAAAUAAAAAAAAAUAUGUUCUUGAAUCUUGAGCUGUACUUAUUUUACUAAAUAUAUGCCUCAAUCCUGCAACUUAGUAAAAGUCUCCUCUUUAGAAGAAAAUAAUAAUAAUAAUAUUGAAGAUUAUUAAACAAACUGUUUUUUUGACAUCUCAUCAGCUUGUAAUUAAAUUAAUUAAUAUUUUAUUUAUUUUAGCAAUUUUUUCCAUCGUUGAAUUAAUGCAUUCUGUGCAAGAACAUACACACAAGGUGAAAAAGCAAUGGAGAAGGAGCCAAGGAAGCUGGUUUUUCGUCUAACUCCCUGGAUUUUCUUGCUUAUUCUACCUUUGAUCUAUAUCGAUCUUUUAUGGGGUAACAAUAUUCGAAUCGAGCAACGAUUUCAUUAUAUCACCGGUCCCGAAACUAAAUUCCUUAGCAGCAGUAGAAGAGAUAUCACGAACGCAGUCGCAAAACAAGAAUCACUCGAUUAUCUUCUUUCGAGAUUAGUGAAAGAUGAAGAUCAGAAGAGUUUCAAAGCAACAGGCUUUGCUUGCAACACUGAAAUAUACUCCAAACACUGCGUAGCUAAUAAACCUCUGCGAAUCGACACAACAACAAUGUCGAUUUUCGUUCCCGAUAAUCGAUCCGUACAAGAGGAAACGGUGAUCCGUCCUUACGCACGACAAGAAGACGAAGUUCUUCUCCAAAGAGUUACUCCGGUGAAAAUACUGCAGGGGAACAUCACCGCGCUGCCGGCCUGCGAGUACACACACGAAUCUCCGGCGGUGGUGUUCUCGACGAGCGGCUUCAUCGGAAACGUGUUCCACGAAAUCAACGAGAUACUCAUCCCUCUCUUCAUCACCACCAGGCAGUUCAAAUCCAGGGCUGUGUUCGUCGUAGAGGAUUACCGCCCGUCGUUUAUGAAAAAGUACGGCGACGCAAUUUCCAGGCUAACGAAACACGAAAUCGUGAAUCCGUCGCUGAAUCGGAGCGUCCACUGCUUCCCCGGAGCGGUAGUCGGCCUGAAAUUCCACGGCCACCUCUCCCUGCACCCCGCCGAAAUCCCGACGGGGCAAUCGAUGAAGCAAUUCCGGCAGUUCCUCAGGGAAUCGCUGUCCCUGAAGUACAGCCACGUGUCACAGAUCGGAACUCCGACGGUGAUGUUCCUAUCGCGGAGAACAACGAGAAGGAUCAUCAACGAAGACGACGUCGUUUCCAUGAUUAGGGAUUUAGGGUUCCGAGUAAUCGUCGUCGCCAGAUCGAAGGUCAUAUCGAACUUAAACGUGUUCUCCAGUAUGAUAAACUCGUGCAGCGUGUUCGUCGGAGCGCACGGCGCGGGGUUGACGAACGAGCUGUUCCUCCCCGACGGGGCGGUGAUGGUGCAGGUGGACCUAAUCGGGCUGGAAUGGGCGGCGGCGACGUAUUACGGUAACCCGGCCCGAGAAAUGGGGGUCCGUUAUUUGAGGUACAAAAUUGAACCGGAGGAAAGCUCGUUGAUAAAGAUAUUCGGAAGCAGAAACCAUUCGGCUAUUACCGACCCGAAAAAGUUACCGGUUCAAGCCGGAAAGGAGGUUUAUCUGAACGGUCAGAAUGUAAGAAUUAAUAUUGACCGGUUCAGGGAGACCAUGGUUGAAGCCAUGAGUCUUGUUACUGGAGAUUCGCCUCUGUAGUAAGUGAGAGAAAAAACUUAAUUCUUUUUUUUUUUUUCAUUUUAUUUUUUAAAUUAUUAUUUUUCUUUAUAUAAUAUUAUAACUGUACAAACAAACUAUGGAGUUUUCAGAAUCAUGGUUUUGGGGUAUUUUUGUAAUUCGUUAUAAUGAAAUUUGUUCGACCCCGAUAUUAA